GGGCAACCCUGGCUGUACGUACAGACUGGGGGAUGAGAUGCUGGAGAGCAGCCCCACAGAGAGGGAUUUGGGAGUUUUGAUUGAUAGCAAGCUGAGCAUGAGCCAGCAGAGUGCCUUGGUGGCCAGGUGGGCCAACUGUGUCCUGGGGUGCAUCAAGAAAGACAUUGCCAGUUGGUGAAGUGACUGUCCCACUCUACUCUGUGCUGGUGCAGCCUCACAUCGAGUACUGUGUACAGUUCUGGGUGCCAAAGAAAGAUAUAAAGCUAUUAGAGAGUGUCCAAAGGAGGGCAACAAAGAUGGGAAAGGGUCUCCAGGGGUAUACAUAUGAAGAGCGGCUGAAGUCAGUUGGACUGUUCGGCCUGGAGGAGACUGAGGGCAGACCUCAGUGAGGUCUACAACUUCCUCCCGAGGAACAGGGACAGGAGGAGGGACUGGGUGGCCCAAAGGUGCCCUGCAGAGCUCUGCGCUGGGACGAGCUGGCUGAGCAGGUCCCCUGGUGACACAUGGGGCAGUGCUGGCUCUGCACACAUCAAGAGCUUGCAGCAGGGAGGGAUCUCUCCCCGAGGCUGGUGAGUAACUGGAGGAGUAACUGUUUGGAUUCGGAUUUCACUGAAACGCAAGUGCAUCAAAUUGUCACUUUAAAGCACACAAAACAACACACCCCAAAUGUACCUGAAAGCAGAAGGGGCAGAACUGCCCUCUGCGAUGCAGCGGGGACCGAUUGUCCCGUAUGGCUCCAUGUGGCUGCCCGGGGUCCUGUCUGUGGGGCUGUGCUCUGCCCCAUCUCUGACACAGUCUGUGACAGCAUCACAGUGCUGUCAUGCUUGAGGUCAGAGUGGGACUCUUUAUGUCACAGUGACAGCUGCCAUAUCACCAUAUGCACUGUCCACACUGCGCAGAAGUGCAGAGGAGGAGAGUGGAGAAGGAGUUUCCUAUUGGGAAUCCCCCUCACAAGGAUGCAGUUUCCCUUUGUCAAGCUCCCCGCGCUGCGGGUGCUCAGCCUGGAUGAUGUCAUAAGAAUUUGGGACAGUGUGUCCCAGUACAUGCUCCAGCAGUUUGCACUGAAAAAGGGUGUGGCCGUAGAUGUGCUUGGCGUUUUCUACAUACUGCGGAAGCACAGCAGCGAGGUGAACAGGGACAUGGUUGUGCCCAGGUUUCACCUGUCGGAGAGGGUUGCGCAGGCGCAGGGGCUCAGCUACACCAGCAGCGACAUCCCCGAUGAUCUCAAAGUUGUCCCCCUGGACUAUUCUCAGUUGUCACAAAAGACAUCCAUUCCCGAGAAGCUGGUGAAGGAAUGUGUGAACGACAUCGUGGUACUCUUCAGCUGGGGUGCCGGACUGGGGGAGGAUUACGACCUUGUUUUCAAGGGCAUCGGUUCUCUGAUGAGCCGAAACAAGAUCCUCACGAUGAGAUACCACCCAGAGUUUCUCCUCACCAUUGAUGGGACUGGAACUGUCUUAGAAUGUCUGCUCUCCAACCCAUGGACAAAGAUUUGCGUGCUAUCAGGCAAAGAACCUGACCCUUUCCACAUGCGUCCCGGUGGGAUCCGCGUGCUUCCAGCGUUUAAGAUUAAGCUACCCCCUGGCAGAAAAGCUGAAGAGCUUUCCUCCACUGAGCGAGACAGUGAGAAAGAAACGGCAGGCAGCCCUCAGGCUAAGCAUCUCCCCCACCAAAAGAAACGUCCACUGAGCAGCCUGAAAGCAGCAAAGGACAAGAAAGGGCAACAGGACAGUAGAAGGAAGACUCCGGACAACAAUGAGUUUAGCGUACUGUUAGCCAGCCUGCAGACAAAGUUUGAGGCUGAAAAACAGGCAGUCUUGGCAGAAGACCUGGCAAAGGAGAGAGAGAAUGAAGGGCGUCCUCCCAAGAAGCCCCUGCUGCCCCGAAGGAGGCUUUCCCCAGUGACACUUCCUGUGCUGAAACCAGAGGAUGGACGGGGAGAGCAAGCUGCAGGAGACAAGCCCCCUGAGAGGUGAGAGCUUUGGAGAGACGCAGCGGGCACUGGCGUGCCCUGGUCCUGGUGGUAGGGAGAUGUUUGUGUUGGCCGUGUCGCCUCCGUCAGCUCGGGAGGGCUCUUUGGACGUGUGCACGUUUCCUGCUGGAGAGCCCGGCACGGCGUGGCUCGGUGACACCCCCGCAUCGUGUCAGCUUCA